AUGCUGGUACUGCAUCCAGCCCCGCCGCUGCCACCGGACGUCAGCGCCACAAUCAACCGCCCAGGUGGGCCAGGCAAGCCAGGCGGGCCUGUCCGCAGCAGCCAUCGGUGGCAUCGUGUCGGCGGCACUGCAGCUGCUACUGCUCCCUCUCGCCACAGCUUGGUGGACCCUCACUUGCUGCCGCCCGCGGCCAGGCAGCCACAGGUUUCUCUCUUCUCUUGGCAUGCGCUCGCUCUUGUCAUGCGCUCGCUCAUGUUAUGUGCUCGCUCCUGUCAUGCGCUCGCUCUUGUCAUGAGCUCGCUCAUGCAUGCGCUCGCUCUUGUCAUGCGCUCCGCCUUCUCGCUCUUGUCAUGCGCUCGCUCUUGGCAUGCGCUUGCUCUUGUCAUGCGCUCGCUCUUGGCAUGCGCUCGCUCUUGUCAUGCGCUCGCUCUUGUCAUGCGCUCGAUCUUGUCCAUGCGCUCGCUCUUGUCAUGCGCUCGCUCUUGUCAUGCGCUCGCUCUCUGUCAUGCGCUCGCUCUUGUCAUGCGCUCGCUCAUGUCAUGCGCUCGCUCUUGUCAUGCGCUCGCUCUUGUCAUGCGCUCGCUCUUGUCAUGCGCUCGCUCUUGGCAUGCGCUUGCUCUUAUCAUGCGCUCGCUCUUGGCAUGCGCUCGCUCUUGUCAUGCGCUCGCUCUUGUCAUGCGCUCGCUCUUGUCAUAG